CAAUAUACAUACAUGGAAGCGGGCGGGCUGGUCUUGACGCGACCGAGUGGCCUUGGACUUUCUCUUCACCUCGAUCGGGCAGCGGGCGACACGGCUUUUGCGAGUCCAAGUCAGGCUUCGGCUCAGGCUCAGGUCCAUCUUUCCUCCUUCCCAGCCAUGCGCCUGCUCAUGUUGCUGGACAAGGCAUACCUGCUCUUCAGCACCACCUUCAACACUCUGUGUGUCGGUGCCGCUCUUGUCUGGUUAGAUUUCUCUUUCCCUGAAUCGCUUCACCCUGACCCUCUAGAUGAACUUGUCAGCCUUCUCGGUUGCGAGAUCCCCCAGGACCCUCAUGUCGACCUCGCUGGUAUCAAAGCCGAUGGCUUCGUUCUGCACUGGAAGUCCGCAGACGAGCGCAAAUCCAUGCACCGCUAUGAAAUUCAACUAAACGGCUCUAUAAUCGGUCAAGUCUCACACUCCAACACAUCCAUUGUCAUCUCCAAUCUGCGCCCCAACCAGCUGUACAUUGUGCGCAUCAUCACCGUCAAUGCUGUUGAUUUUCGCGCCGCCAGCAGCCCCAUCCGCCUCUGUACAAAGUCGCCCGACUCCCAAGACUUCUUCGACACGCCCAACGGUACCCUGCCCUCCUCUUCUGGUCCCGUCAUACGUCCGCUGCACGUCUUUCCGCCAGAUGUUUCUGCUGUUCCCGCCACACCGCCUCCUCUCGUCCGAGAAACAAGCAAUGGUCCUCUUCAAGCCAAGAAAAGUCUUUUCAGCAGACGUCCGACACCCUUGCCUGGCCUGGACACGCAGCUUUCUUCUUUCGACGAAGCCAAUGACCAGGAUGGCCCAGGAGACAACCAACAGGCUCUGACUGAGAAACUGGACGAGAUUGGUCGUGAAACGGCAGAGGUCGAGAAGCAAAUUCAAGAUGAGGAACAAGAAGCUAUAGCGGCGAAAGCCAGUCUGGUCAAGGAGCGUGACGAGUUGAGAGGCGAGCUGAAAGAGAAGGAUGACACCAGUAGGGAUCUCCGCAAACAGGUCAACACUCUGGAACGCAAUAAUCAAGCUGCUCAGAACAAGAAGAAUGCUCAGGAGAGAGCUCUCCAGCAGAAACAGAACGAGAGGCAGAAGCUCAAGGACGAUGCUGCGAGAUGGCAGAAAGAGAUGGCGCAGAUGCAGGAUGAUAUGGGCAGCAUUGCAGAACAGAAAAAGAUGUUACUUGAAGAGACGGAGCGCGAAAAGGUCGAGCUGAUGGAGAAGCAGGCACAAGAGCUGCAGACACUCAAGAGCAUGGAAGACGAGAACAAGGAAGUGGGUGGUCAGAUCAAGAAACUCGAAAGGGACACGACAAACUCGCCUAGUGGAUCCGAGCCCAACGAACACAAUGACGCUCUUGCUGCUCAAGAGGCUGAGGAAGACCGCGCGUGGGCCGACAAGCUUAGAAGACUGGAAGAACAGUAUGUGAUUGCUCACCAAAACAUGGAUGCCGCACGCCGCUUCUUCGACACUGCCUACAGUCAACUGGCCAUGGUCAAACAACGUCAGUCCGAGCUUAACCAAAUGGCUUCGGCUGUUCCGCCCAUGUUCGAUCAACCUAUUUCGCGUGCUAGCAGUCUGCGUCAAAGACGUCCCCCAAGCGGCCCUUCUGCAAACAAUUCGACUGCUUCUCCUUUCGCUUCUUCCACUGCUCCUGCCUUCAGCAGUGCCCUGGCUACCUCAGGCCCUACCACCAUUUCUCCAAGUUUCACCACUUCGGCAUCUUCCUUCUUCAACAUAAACAAUGGCAUGACCUUGGAUCGUCCCAUGAAUGACUUUUCUCCCGCAGAAGUCGACAAACUGACAGGAGGCGCCCCCAUGAGCCCGAGUGCAGGCGCUGAGCUCUUGCCUGCAGGCUUGCUCAGUAAUGCUGACGAAGAUCCACCGGAUCGUUUCCUUGGUCCAGCUGCUCAUAUUCAUGCCAAGGACGACGAUGAUACAGGGUCCGAGGGGAGACAAGCUUCAAACCAUAUGUUGCCUGGUCUUGGUGUUCUUCCGGGUUUAGGUGCUCUGCCUGGUCUCGGUGCCUCGAGGGCUUUUGAUCAACCUCCAGGUCCGACAAGCCCAAACUCUGCCAGCAGCAGAUCACCCAGUCUNUUUGCCAGCCCACGUGCUAGUGCAAGCAAUCUGAUGUUCAAUUCUCCUGAUGUCAACUUGGACAGUGACCGCCGCUCCAUCAGAUCUAGCACAUCUGGUCGUGCAGCAAGCGGUAGUGCACCUCACACUAGUGGUAGUCGUUUCGGUCAGAUCUUGGGUCUCGACAAGCUGAACCGUCAGCGCGGUAAGACGUUGUCUGAGCAAGGUCCAGCUCUAGGCUCUCUGAGCAAGUCGCAAAGUCAGUCGUUGCCACGCAAUGAUGAAGGGGACGAGACAACAGGGCCAGGGCGUCGUAGAAACAGCAGUCAUUCAGGCAACUUCUUCGGCAUCAACCUGGGAAGAACGACUGGCCAUACUAAGAGCAUGGGAGCUGAAAGCAUGCCCAGCCAGAAACACAUUGCGGUACGCAGAAGGCCCUUCAACAUGUUCGGUUCCAAGACCGACGGGUGGGCCGCAAUUCUGGGUCAGGACAGAGCGGCUGCUCUGAAUGAGAGAUCGAACGUUCUAAGCAACUUGGGCAAGGAUGAUGGCAGAUCGUCACCACGCCCUAUCUCUGUUCACUCCAACGAGCUGCCUCGGCCUUCGCAAGAUAGUUCUUCAUGNGGGCUUUGGUCAUCGAACGAGCCGUUCAACCAAAGAAGCAGCCCACUUAGUUCGGAUUGGAUGGCUGCUCCGGCAGUGACACAUAACAUGUGGGGUUCUAGACAACCGUCAAGACGUCCUUCAAUCCAGCACGGACAAUCUGGUGGCAGCCUGUCUUACGACAUGCUUGAUGACGGCAAUGACAACAACAGCUUGUAUGCGUUCAGUCCACCACAGGCAUCAGCUAGUCUGGCUCCCAUCGGCACGAAGCCGGCUCAUAUGCUCAAGCGCAACAUCCCCGAUCCCAAGCUCAACCCAGCCGCCAAGGACUUCCGGUCCCUUUUCUCGCGUCCCAGCUCGACAUCUUCAGAUGUUGAGGAUGAGGAAGACGACAAGAUUAACCUAAUCGGAGCAACCCCACUCACCUCUCCUUCAAAGGCUCCUCAUCAGCCUCUUCCCUUGAAUCUGGACCCCGAGUCCUCACCAGAAAUUGGCCGCCAGUCUAGAGAUGCUCAUUCGAUCAACACAGCAUCAUCAAUUCUUUCUGACUCUCGUGAUAGCCUUGAUCGAAGCAUCAGUUAUGGAGCUUCUGACUCUGCACCUUCAACCUCGGUCACUUCUAACAAAAGCUCCUCGCUCAUGUCGAAACUUACUCGCAAGCACAGCAGCGGCAAGUUCCAAUUCCCAACCUUUUCUCGUUCGACUACUGAGAAGGGCAAACGUGAGUCAACCCAACUCUUGGAUGUUGAGGACGAGGACAGCAUGAGCAAGAGCAUGGAGAGCGACAAAGGAAAGGGCAGUGUCAGGUCCUGGAGCAGUGUGUUUGGUGUGGGCAAGAAGAAGGACAAAGUCCCACAGACACCCAAAGAGGAGACGCCUAGCUUGUCUGGAGCCAGUUAUGCCAGUACAGACCAUGGGGAGGAGGACUAG